AUGCCAUCGCUUCCAAUCUUCGGGUACACCGCAGGGAGUUUCGAAGAUAGCACCUCUAGACGGAUAUUCGUGGAAUUGGCCAGCUUUCUCCUGGUUCUAUAUUGUAUCUUGGGUUUUGCGUACUACAAGGCUGUGAUCAGUCUCAGGAAGGAUGGCCUACAUUCUACGCUCAACAGAGUGUACCUAUGCACUAUCAGCACCAUCUUUUCUCGAUUCUCUCGCGUGGCAUAUACGUCGCUGUCCUGGAGGCCGAGAAUUUAUACCUCGUCUCAGUCUAUCUCGAGAGUAGCGUGUUUUGCUGUCAACGUCAUUCUCGGUGAUGCAAUCAUAUUAUGGCGCGCGCUGAUCAUCUGGGCCUGGCGCAAGACCCUUGUGUAUAUCUCUGCAUUCCUGCUUCUCGUGACUACAGCGUUAUGGAUCUACACAGUGAUCGAGCUCAAUAAUGAUGAUACGUCAUCGUUCGUGUCUAUACCUGCAUCACUGGCCACUAGCCUUUUCGCCACGGGCGCCAUAUCCCUCAAAGCAUGGCAACACCACAGCCUGCUUCGCGAGAAAGUCGUGAUCAUGUCGCGGCGCAGCACUCUGGAGAACAUCCUCGCCCUAUUGACCGAGUCUGGGAUCGUGUUCACGCUCUUAUGGGUCAUAUACUUUGUCUCGUACUUCGUGACCCGCCUACCGGUGUUUUACGCGGUCAUGACUGUCUUGAUGACCAUCGCCGCGCCGCUAUACCCCUUCAUCAUCAUCAUUCUUGUCGCGAAACACAAGACGCCACUCAGUGACAAGCUCACAAGUAUCGAACCAGAGACUCAGGUCGUGGAGGUCGAAAACCAUGAGUUAUUGUCUCGGAGCUCGAGCGACAUGACAUGGAAAGAUGAUGUCUUGCUGCGAGAAGUAUGA